CCGUGGCCACCUCGCUGGCGCCCAAGGGCCGUGGCUGCGUGGGAGGGGCCGCACGGGGGCGUCGCAGCCAGGGGAGCCGCCGCUAUGUCUACUGUGCCGCUGCGGGUGGCAGUGGUGUGUGCCAGCAACCAAAACCGGAGCAUGGAGGCCCACUACUUUCUCAGCAAACGGGGAUUCAGCGUCCGGUCCUUUGGAACGGGAACUCACGUGAAGCUCCCGGGCCCCGCACCCGACCAGCCCAACGUUUACGACUUCCAAACCACCUAUGACCAGAUGUACAACGAUCUCGUCAGCAAGGACAGAGACCUCUACACGCAAAAUGGCAUGCUACAUAUGUUGGAGCGUAACAAAAGGAUCAAGCCCCGGCCGGAGAGGUUCCAGAACUGCCAGGACGUGUUUGAUCUGAUUGUCACCUGCGAAGAGAGUGUGUACGACCAGGUGGUGGAAGAUAUGAAUUCCAGAGAGCAAGUGACCUGCCAGCCGGUGCACGUGAUCAACGUGGACAUCGAGGACAACGACGAAGAGGCCACCGUGGGCGCGAUCCUCAUCUGCAAGCUGUGCCAGUGCAUUCAGCGCACCGAGGACAUGGAGGACGAAUUGGACGAGCUGUUGCAGGAGUUCGAGGAGAAGAGCGGCAGACCCUUCCUGCACACCGUGUGCUUCUACUGACCGGCGCCGCCGCACUCCUGCAGCCCUUGCUCUGCCCUUCCUUUCCUCUGCUUUUUACUUACGGGGAGCAUUGACUCUCAGGUUGAUUCUCUUCAAUGAAAACUGCAAACAACGGUUUCUAGUACAUUUCA